CCGUUGAGCCCCGCCCAUAAACGUCACGGCCGACGACCCGCCUACAUAAAGGCGCUACGUAAACAAACCCCGCACAACUGUCCAAAGGGGGAGCUCCAAAAUGACAGCUUGGGCCGUAUUUCUCUUGGUUUUCUGGGUUUACCCGGGCUACCUGCAGGACAUCCCUCCGCGGGACGACGUCGCAAGGGUGGCCCGGUUCGUCGCCAACCAGUGCGGCUGGGCGUCCAUGGCGACUAUCUCCUCGCGCGACCCGGUGAAGGGGCAACCUUUCUCCAACACCUUCUCCGUGAGCGACGGUCCGCUCGGCUCCGGUACCGGCGUGCCGUACAUGUACCUGACCCGCUUGGAGAUCUCGGUGCAGGACCUGCAGGUUAACUCCCAGGCUUCUCUGUCCAUGUCUCUGGCUCAAACGGACUUCUGCAGAAAGUAUGCCUAUGACCCGCAGAGCCCAUUGUGUGCCCACAUCAUCUUCUCUGGAUCGGUGGUGGAGGUAAAUGACACAGAGGCAGUGGUGGCGAAAAAUGCCCUGUUUCUUCGACACCCGGAGAUGGCAGACUGGCCUUCUGACCAUGACUGGUUCUUCGCGAAGAUGAACAUCACUCAGGUGUGGGUCCUUGACUACUUUGGAGGGGUGAAGACCGUCACCCCAGAGGAUUACUAUAAUGCGAAGCCCUACAAGCUCCACCUGGGGUUUCAUGACUGAAAGGUGUGGCAGAGGAGAUUCUUGGAGCUUCAGCCUUUUGGUACUGAAAGUGGCAUGAUGCCAUAAAAUGAUACUCUGCUGCAUUUCUUACACAUUUUUAAAACAUUAGAAAGUUCCAGAAGCUUAUUUGUUAAAUCAGUAUUUCAUUUAAAAAUUGCUUUGACAGGGGAAGAGGCCUUUUGGAGAAAUUACAUGAUUUAUCUGGAGUCAAAACCACUGCACUGGACUGGCUUUGGUUCUGUUUCCAUGGUAACUGAUCCAUAACUGUGCCUACACACCAUUCAGUUAUGGGAAUCCUUGAUUGGCUCCUUUGUUUGGAGUAUUUGAUGUCAUCCUGUCACUGUUCCAUUUGCUCUAUUUCCUUUAAAGAUUUACCUUUAGUGAAGGGGCCUCUUCCCGAUGUUGUGCCUUAACUUUUGCUUAAUAAAGUAAUUUUUGGAUACCCUAGUGUACCAAUUUGUUUUUGCAUUAAAUCGAAUCAAACUUUAUCAAAUGCACAGCAGUACAAGAAAACAGCAGUAGAUGCAGGUAAUGAAAUGUGUCCCUGAGAUUUCCCUAUAGUAAAUGAGACAUGUAAAAAGAAAAUAUUUAGAACAGUAAAAAUACUUUUACAAUAACUGAAAUGUGUAAGUGGUCUGUAAUAAUAGUCCGAUCUGCUAUUGAGUAGCCUCACUGCCUGAGGGUAGAAUCUGCUGUGGGGCCUAUUGUCUGUGCUCCCAAGCCAUUUCUCUGGCUGCAUUUCUGCAAAUGUAGGUGGGAUUUCGUCAGAAUUUAUGGUCUCCUCAAUAGUAAGAAGUACAAGCAGAUACACAAUUUUCCAUCAUGCAGUACCAAUGGGGAGAUAUCAGAUCGGUCCCAGAUUCAUGCUACAGCAUGAUAAUGACCCCAAACAUACAACCAAUGUCAAAAACUAUCUUCAUGGUAGAGAAGGUUUAAAAAUAGAUGUUAUAGCCCCCACAGAGCCCCGAUCUCAACAUCAGUCGGGCAGUCUGGGAUUACAGAAAGUGACUGAAGCAAUUGAGAAAGUCCAAAUCCACACAACUGUGGUUCAUUCUCCUAGAUGAUUGGAACUAUCUACCUAUCAAAUUCCUUCAAAAACUGAGCAAGUGUAACAAGAAGUGAUGUUUUAAAGACAAAAGGUGGUUGCACCAAAUGUUAAUUGGAUUGAGGUGUGUUUUCUUCACUUUGUAUGUAAUUGACUGAUAAAUAAAAACUGUUCAUGACACUU